AUGCAAAAGGCACAUGAAAAUGCAUCAAACUCUUAUCAUGAAUUCUUAAAUAUUCUUAUAACUUAUGCAUAUAAGAACAUUUCUCUCUUAACCACAGAAGCACUUAAAAUUUACGGUUUGAUGAUCAAGAAGGGAAAUUGGUUUUUUUUUUACUCUUUGCCUUUGCUUGCCUUGGCUUUGGCUUUGAAUUUGGUUGAUUCUAUUAUGGCUUUUUAUUCUUGCACUAAGUAA